GCAAGAAACAUUGAUUAUUUAAGGUUUUUGUACUCUGCGGAAUGCGAAAGUAUCAUGAGUUGUCUAUUACGAAGUCCUUACCUAAUUUAUCUCAUAUUUAUAUUGUUUAAUGCAGUGCUACGCUGCAAAAUGGAAAUGAUUCCUUCCGAUUUUUGUUACAACGGACAAAUAGUUAUACAACGACGCAUUGAUGGCUCUGAAAACUUUUUUCGUCUAUGGAAUGAUUACAAACGUGGUUUCGGCAAUCGGAGCGGAGAAUUCUUUAUUGGCCUUGAACGUCUGCACAAACUCACCAAUAGUGGGCCCUACGAAUUGUUGGUGGUCCUGGAGGAUUUUGACAAUGAUCGUCGUUACGCCAAAUAUGAUAAUUUCAUAGUGGCCAGUGAAAAGGAAAAUUAUAAACUUCAUAGUUUGGGUCAAUAUACUGGUACAGCUGGCGAUGCGUUGACCCAUCAUUUGGGUAAGCAAUUCAGCACCAAAGAUCGGGAUCAUGAUACAUGGGAGGAUAAUAAUUGUGCCGAGAUGUGUACUGGUGCUUGGUGGUAUGGAAAUUGCCAUAGUAGUAAUCUUAACGGCAGCUAUUUGAAGGGCGUAACUACAAGUUUUGCCAAAGGCAUAGUCUGGAGUACCUUCAGGGAUUAUUAUUAUUCAUUGAAAUUUGUUGAGAUGUCCAUCCGUCCCAAAUGAAUUAAUUUAAUUAAAAACAGAUUGUUUAUUUUACAGCAAUCUACUUGAAUGAUUAUCUAAAAUAAAACGAUAUUAGAGGAAAA